GAUGUGCUUGCUUGCUUGCUUUCAAGGUUAAGCUUCCUCGAGUGGCUGGUAAAAGAUAGCAUAGCAUAGCAUCUUCGAAACCCCGACGAUAUCGAUUUCGAUUUCGAUCUCGAUACUUUUCUUUGACUGUUAUCAUACGUUUGUAAGGAAGGCUCCUGGAUAGAAUUCCCAAGGCCGUGCGGUGUUUGUUUUCGAGGAAUAUUAGAUUUGUCUAUCGCUAUCGAUUUAUAAUUACGAUACUUGUGGGAGGAUAGGUUUUAUACCUUUUGUUUUCUUCUUCGGAUCACCACGGGCUUCUUUCCUGUGCUUCUUCCUGCGGAAAACUGGGGGUUUCAUUCGAGCUUUAUAUUACACGAAUCGCCUCGUGUCGUGUCGUGUCGUAUCGUAUCGUAUCGUAUCACAUUCCUCACAUCUCACUCGCAAACAUGUCUCGGUCACCCACCAAGCGAAUCCUCACCGAACUCUCCGCCUACAACCACUCCCCUCCCUCGGCCAGCCAAACGGGUAUCGUAGCACUGGCCCCCUCUCCGGCCUCCAUCCUCUCCCUCUCCGCCAUCCUGCAAUGUCCAGCCUCCUCCCCGCCCUCCCUCGGCUACCUCGGCGGUCGCUGGCUCCUCUCCAUCGCGCUCCCCACCAACUACCCCAUCGGCGCUCCCAUCAUCCGAUUCGUGACGAAAAUCUGCCAUCCGAAUGUGAAGUGGGAGACGGGCGAGAUUUGUCUGGAUGUGCUGGGCGAUAAGUGGACGCCGGUUUUGGGGGUUGUUGGCGCGUUGGAAUCGAUUGCGUCGUUAGUUGCCGGGGGCGGAGAUGAGACGAGUCCGUUGAAUGUGGAUAUUGCGAAGUUGAGGGGGGUGGGGGAUACGGUGGGUGCGAGGGCGCUGGUUGGGUGGUGGUGUGCGGAGGAGAGGUUUGAGGGGAGUUUGGAUUAGAGAGAAGGGGGGUGUAGGAAGUGAGAAGUGGGAAGUGGGAAUUGGGAAUGGAAAUUGGUGUGUGGGAAUGAAGACGUAUAUUUCGUCGAAUACCUCCCGAUGCGGAAUAUCUUCCACGAGACAGCGAGUUUGCAAACGGUUUGAGAACGCACUAGCAUUACAUUACAUCGCAUUGUGUUGUAUUGCAUCACAUCAACCACGGAUUCUAUCAAGCGCUACCUCACACACAACACACACAUACAAGAGACUACGAGAAUGAAAUGAAUACUUUGAACGAAUACAGCAAUUGGAGUUUGUUUCCUCAUAUUAGCACGGUGUUUGGGUUUUCAUACAUAUAUGUUGGCGGAGAAUAUUCUGAUUUUGAUUUUGAUUUUUGAUUUUUUUUUUUCUUCUCCUUUCGUUUGGAAAGAGAUGCAGGUGGGAUGAGAUGAGAUGAGAUGAGAUGGGAUGGGUAUUACAUCAUAUAUACAUAUAUGCAUACAUUACACGAAACUAGGAAAGGAAUAAGAAAGGUUGGGAAAGUCAUAAAGUUUCUUGUAUAUACAAACUUAUUAUUGAGAGAUUGGUGAGUGAGUGAGUGUUGAGGAUGAGAUGGGGUUUAUAUUCAUGAAUUCUUAUUCAUAUUCUCAUUUAUAUAUAGAGAAAGAGAGGAAUGAAAGUAAAGAGAAGAUGUAUAUUUUCCUUCCUGGGUAUUUAUCUACCUCGUUGCGUUUUUAACUCGUGGAUUUUGGGUUGUAGCGGCGGUUGUUGUGAUGAUGAGUAUGAUUGUAAUGUAGUUUGGAAGUUUGGAAGUUUGAAAUUUUGGGAUUUGAUGGCUUGAGGUGAAUAGAUAUUGUUGUUUUGUUCUUUCUGUA